AUGGAAUAUCUCUCUACUUGGGCCGUCAAGGAGAUCAAUAUGGAUUUAGAAGCGGCCGGUGAAGCGAGACUUCUUCAAUUGAAUGAGCUAGAUGAACUACGGUUUGAAGCUUACGAGAAUCAUAGGCUCUAUAAGGAGCAAACGAAGAAGUUUCAUGAUAAGAUAAUUCAAAAACGGGAGUUACGAAAGCUUAAGUCUAGAUGGUCCGGACCCUUUACUAUCACCGAAGUCAAGGAACAUGGAGCUAUUGAGGUUGCUAGUGAAAAUGGCACCAAGUUCAAAGUGAACGGUCAACGUUUGAAGCUAUACACUGAAGGAGCGUUUAUUGGAAAAUUGGAGACGAUCUAUCUCUCUGAUCCACCCACCGACGCUUAA